CCGGGCGCACAAAGGCCGCUGGCGGCGGCGGGCCCGGGUUGGCGAGCGGCGAUGGCGGCGGUGCGGGGCUGGGUGCUGGCGCUGCUGGCCCCGGGCCCUGCGGAGCGCAGCCGGCCCUACGCCGUGCUGCAGAAGCAGAACCUGGUGCUGCUGGGCAGCAUCCUCAGCGCCCUGCUGCUCACCAUCAUCCUCAUGGCCAUCUGCGUCUACAAGCCCGUCCGGCGCCGGUAGCGGAGCGGGACCUGGCAGACCCACCAUGGGGAAGCGGUGCUGGUCCCGCCUGGUUUGCCCGCCUGGCACCCCACUGUCCGGCCACCUCUCCUGCCAGCGACGGGGGAUGUCCCGAUGCUCCUGUGCACGGCUCUUUGCCCACGCAGCAUCGCGUGGCUCGAUCGUGAUGUCGCUUGUAACAGCAGUACGGCUGCGUGCUGGAAAUUACACCCCACUUCUUGGCAAACUGACUCCUGGACCUCCCGGGAGCGCUUCUGCAGCAAACCUGGUGGGGUUCGAGCAGGGUCUGUAGCAACGCACCUUCCUCCCAAAAUGCAGCGGUUCAGCGAGGCUGAUGUGACGUGAUGCGCGUCAGAGCAUCCCUGGUGCGUGUGUGCACCUGGAGCCUUGGGAGGCUGCGGGGAGCGUGACCGGCCACGCCGCCUGUUCUGAUCGGUGCCAGGGAACCAUCCUGGCUCAGCACGAGAACACGGCCAGACUACUGACAUCGCUGUCCACCCAGCAGCCCAUGCACUCAACUACACCACAUCUAGUUUUGCUUUCUGAUUAAUUCAGUUCCUUGCUUGAAUGCUGAGUCUUGAGGGUUUGUAGCGCAGCCUUCAAAAAUAGUCCGAAGGCAAAAGCUCAGCAACUGACUGCAGCUUUGGCUGCGCGGGUCUGGUACACGCUUGCUCUGAGCAGAAAUACUGAUGCGUGAGCAGACCCCGGUGACAGGCUUGCCCUUCCUGGUGUUAUUUGCUUUAACUCUUAACUAACACCCGCAAGCAGCCUCGCACCAAACCAGCCAUGCUGAAUCUGUUACAAACUGGGGUGCGGACAAGGGUUUCCAGCUUGUGCUGAGCGCUCACCUCCUCGCAGGUGCAGGUCACUGUCCUACUGGAAGUAGGAGCCUCCAGAAGUCUGCAAGCCAGGCAGGUGCUUGAGGCUGCUGGGCUCAGGCUCUCUGGAAGUACCUUGUGUUUAACUUUGGACAGACCUGUUCCUUGCGUUUUCAGUAAUAAGUUCAAGUGUUUACACUGAAAUCACAGUUGCAUAUGAAUGCUGCUAUUUUGUUUUGCACUGCUAUGAGUAGUAACUGGAUUUUGCUUACUAAGUAUUACUCUAGUAUUUAACAUAGGGGUGUUUUGGCUAGUAAUUUAUUUCAUGUUUUAAAACUUAACUUCCGGAACAAUUGUGUUGACCUGUUCUCUAAAACCUUGUGCUAUAUCUGACAUGUUUUCUGUUUGCUUUGUUUUAAAGAAUGCAGACCAUUCUCAUUGUAAUGGGGUAUUUUCUUUGCUGCUCUGUUAGUAAAAUGACAGUAGGAGACUGGCCUAGAACAGAUUUAGUUAUUAAUCUAAGUGAAACCUGAGUGAGGAAGCAAGGUAACACUGCUCUGUUGCUUUCUGAUCCUUUUCUUUUUUGAUCUAAGUCCUGUAUCGCUGAUCUUUCUUGGUCCUUCACCAGGUGUAAAUGUUGGCCCGUAGCUGUGUGCUGUCUGGGGGGGGGUGGAUGUGCAGCUCCAGCUCAGUGUUCCCAAAGCAGCAUUCUUGUUUGCAUUCGUCCUCCACUCCCUGCUAUGUCUCUCUGUACAAAUAAAAAGCUAAGUAAACAA